CCAUCACACUCCGGGAAGAAUAGCUGCUCUCAAGAAGUCAAACAAUAUUGGAGCCGGAGCUGAAGGGGACUCUGAGCCGUGGCGCGAGGCGGGUGGGGUCGGCUCUGCUGGGGCCCUCGAGGCUGCGGAGUGAAUGAGCCGCUGGGGCUAGUCCCUUCCCCGCCCACUCCAUCCACUUUCUGCCGCGGGGACCUGGCCAGGAGGGGGCCGGUGGCAGCAGGAUGUUCUCCAAGAAGCCUCACGGGGACGUGAAGAAGUCCACCCAAAAGGUGCUGGAUACCAAGAAGGAUGCCUUGACCCGCCUCAAGCACCUGCACAUAGUCAUUGAGAAUGCAGAAUCUAUUGAUCUUAAACAAUUUUUUGACCAACAUUUUUCACAUAUAUAUUAUGUGUUCUUUGAAAAUUUUGUGACUAUUGAAGCUAGUCUUAAGCAAAAAGGUCACAAGUCUCAAAGAAAGGAAUUGGAUGCUAUACUUUUUAUUUUUGAGAAAAUUUUACAACUUCUUCCAGAAAGAAUUCAUCAGCGAUGGCAGUUUCAUAGUAUUGGAUUGAUUUUGAAGAAACUACUCCACACAGGAAACUCCUUAAAGAUUAGGCGGGAAGGUAUUCGUUUUUUCUUAUGGUUGCAAGCUCUUCAAAAUAACUGUAGCAGAGAACAACUCUGGAUGUUUUCAUGCUUAAUCCCUGGGUUCAAGGCACCACAAUCUGACCAUGGACCUCAAACUUUAGAUAAUCUUAUUAAUCCUCCACUCAACCUUCAAGAAACUCAAGUCACUAUAGAGGAAAUCACUCCUCUUGUCCCUCCACAGUCAAAAGAUAAAGGACAAGAAGAUCUCACAAGCUACUUUCUUGAAGCACUUUUAAAAUACAUAGUAAUUCAGGUUAAAAGUUUAGAAUGGAAGAACAAAGAAAACCAAGAAAGGGGAUUUUCAUUUUUGUUUUCACAUUUUAAGAAAUAUUAUUUACCUUAUAUUCUUCUAAACAUCUGCAAGGAGAACAGUUUAUAUCAUCCUGCACUUGAUAUCCCACAGAUAAGACCAAAGCCCCAUUAUGUCAUGAUAAAGAAGGAUGCUGAAACCAAUGAAGCAAUCUAUUGUACAAAAGAGCCUUUCAUUAAAGCUCGUGUAAUAGUAAUUCAUUGGCUGGUUUCUUUUUGGCUGGAGCCAAAACCACAUACUAGACCUCAUAUUCCUGGGAUGGAAGAUGAAGUCUUGCCAAAGAAUAUUCAGAGAGCAGCUGCUAGUUUAGUAUCCAGAGAAGAAAACAGAAAUGAUAAUGCUGAUAAAGGAGACAGAACCACAGAACCAGAGCAGUCUCAUUCCAAUACCAGUACUCUCACAGAAUGAGAACGUAGCUCCUCUAGUCUCUGUAGUAUUGAUGAAGAGCAUCUCACAGACACUGAAAUAGUUCGCAGAGUGUUUUCUUCUAAAAGAAGUAAUGUAAACUUUGUCACAGAGAGAUUUCGUCAGGCAUUUUUAUUACCAAUUUGUGAAGCAGCAGCUAUGAGAAAAGUGGUAAAAGUGUAUCAAGAAUGGAUCCAACAAGAGGAAAAACCUUUGUUUAUGCAAGAGCCUGAAGAAAUUAUGAUCACUUCUUCCGAUAUACCUUGCAAUGAAAAUGCUAAAGACCAUGAUAUUUCAGUGGAAGAAGGAGAAAAAGGGGAAGAGGAAAAUGGGACCAGUGUGGCUGAACAUGUUCGAAAUUCCAGUUGGCCAAAAACUGGCUCCUAUCAAGAUCCUCUACAUAAUGCCUCUGAAGAAGCCACAGAACAAAACAUACGAGCUGGUACUCAGGCUGUUUUGCAGAUGCUACUUGUGUUGCUCAGAGUCACGGAGUCUGUACUUAAGAUGUCAUCACAAGCUUUUCUACACUUCCAGGAAAAAAAUGUGACCUUGGCAGGUCGACUUGCAGGACCACUUUUCCAGAUGCUUAUAGUUGCCUGAAUCAAAGCAAAUCUAAAUGUGUACAUCUCUCGAGAACUUCAGGAGGACUUAUUGUCAUCGUUGACCUAUUGGGAAGAAUUGGCCACUGAGUGGUCACUGACUAUGGAGACAUUAAUUAAAGUUUUAGCUAGAAAUUUAUAUAGUUUGGAUCUCAGUGAUUUGCCAUUGGAUAAGCUGAGUGAACAGAAACAAAAAAUAAAGCACAAAGAGAAAGGAGUUGGACAUGAAUUUCAGAAAGUUUCAGUUGACAAGUCAUUUUCUAGAGGAUGGAGUCGCGAUAAGCCUGGCCAGGCCCCAGUGAGACAGAGAAGUGCAACAACCACUGGCUCUCCAGGGACUGAAAAGGCCAGGAGUAUAGUGUGGCAGAAAACUGUUGAUAUUGAUGAUGCUCAAAUACAUCCCCGCUCAACUAGAGUCAGACAUUUUUCACAAAGUGAAGACACUGGAAAUGAAGUUUUUGGGCCAUUACCUUGAAGUAGCAGUACUUCUGACAUCUUGGAACCAUUCACUGUUGAACGUGUCAAAGUCAAUAAAGAGGACAUGAGCCCCAAACUACCUCCUCUUAAUAGUGAUAUUGGCAGUAGCAGUGCUAAUGUUCCUGACUUGAUGGAUGAGUUUAUAGCAGAAUGACUGCGAAGUGGUAAUGCCUUGAAUAUGACAAGAAGAGGAAGUAGUCCAGGCACCCUUGAGAUUCCUAAAGACCUCCCUGAUAUUCUAAACAAGCAGAACCAGAUGUGCCCCAUUGAUGACCCAGGCAUGCCAUCUCAGUGGACUUAUCCUGCUAGUGCAGGGAGCAGUGAUCUUAUCAGCUCAGACAGUCACUCGGAUUCUUUCAGUGCUUUCCAGUAUGAUGGCUGAAAAUUCGACAACUUUAGCUUUGGAGGUGACCCUGGAAUUGCAUCCUCUGCUGAUGUGGAUUCUUUCUCUGGCUAUCAUCAGAGUGCUGAGGAGCAGGAAGUGGCUAGUCUAACCACACUUCAUAUAGAUUCUGAAACAAACAGUCUAAAUCAACAAGCUUUCUCUGUUGAAGUUCCAACAGUCACUGGUUCAGAAAGUGCUUCCCCAGUUCAUUCCACUCUGGGGUCCAGGUCACAGACUCCUUCCCCUUCCACACUGAAUAUAGAUCACAUGGAACAGAAGGAUCUACAGCUUGAAGAGAAGCUCCACUACACUGUUCUUCAGACACCAGAUGAUCUAGAAAUCAGUGAAUUUCCAUCUGAAUGUUGCAGUGUGAUGGCAGGGGAUACUCUCACCGGAUGGCAUGCUGAUGUUGCUACUGUUAUGUGGUGAAGAAUGCUAGGCAUUUUGGGAGAUGUCAAUGCUAUUAUGGAUCCUGAAAUAUAUGCUCAAGUUUUUGAUUACUUCUGUGAACUUUGGCAGAAUCUAGCCAAGAUUAGAGAUAACCUCAGCAUUUCAACUGAUAACCUGACCUCCCCUUCUCCACCAGUUUUGAUUCCUCCACUAAGAAUUCUUACACUUUGGCUUUUUAAGGCAACCAUGUUGACUGAUAAAUAUAAACAAGGUAUAUUACAUGCUCAUAAACUUAUUUGUAAUACAAUGAAAAGAAGACAAGAUGUAUCACCAAAUAGAGAUUUUCUAACACAUUUCUACAAUACAAUGCAUUGUGGAUUAUUUCAUAUCGAUCAGGAUAUUAUUAAUACAAUCAUCAAGCACUGCUCACCUCAGUUCUUUUCACUUGGUUUGCCUGGUGCCACAAUGCUAAUUGUGGAUUUUAUUAUACCUACUGGUAGAGUGGCUUCUUCAGCUUUUCUCAAUGCACCAAGAGUGGAAACACAAGUUCUUCUGGGAUCUUUGGUUUGCUUUCCUAAUUUAUAUUGUGAACUGCCUGCUCUCCAUCCCAACAUUCCUGAAAUUGCUGUGAUUCAAGAUACAGAUGUUAAGGAACUAAUAAUCAAAACUGUAUUAAGCUCAGCAAGAGAUGAGCCCUCUGGUCCUGCACGGUGUGUAGCGCUUUGCAGUUUAGGUAUUUGGAUUUGUGAAGAGCUGGUCCAUGGUUCUCAUCAUCCUCAAAUUAAAGAAGCUCUGAAUGUAAUUUGUGUUUCCUUAAAGUUUACUAAUAAGACUGUAGCUCAUGUAGCUUGUAACAUGCUUCACAUGCUGGUUCAUUAUGUACCUAGACUUCAGAUUUACCAACCUAAUUCUCCCUUGAGAAUUAUUCAAAUCCUAAUAGCCACUAUGACUCACCUUUUGUCAAGCACAGAAGCUUCGUCUUAUGAACUGGGCAAGAGGUUGGUAGUAUCCUUACUUCUCUGCCUUCUGUACUGGAUCAUGACCUUACCUCUAAAGACACUACUCCAACCAGUACAUGCUGCAGGAACAGAAAAUGAUAAAACAGAAAAAUCAGUCCUUAAUUGUAUUUAUAAGGUUUUACAUGGGUGUGUUUAUGGAGCUCAGUGUUUUAGCAAUCCAAGGUAUUUUCCAAUGAGCCUCUCUGAUUUGGCGUCUGUAGAUUAUGAUCCUUUUAUGCAUUUGGAAAGUCUCAAAGAGCCUGAACCUCUACAUUCUCCUGAUUCAGAACGAUCUUCUAAACUCCAGCCAGUAACAGAAGUGAAAACACAAAUGCAACAAGGAUUAAUCUCUAUAGCAGCCCAUACUGUUACUACACAUCUGGUAAAUCACUUGGGCCAUUAUCCAAUGAGUGGUGGUCCAGCUAUGCUAACAAGCCAGGUGUGUGAAAAUCAUGAUAAUCAUUACAGUGAAAGUACUGAACUUUCUACUGAACUCUUUGAGAGCCCAAAUAUCCAGUUCUUUAUGUUGAACAAUACAACCUUAGUGUCUUGCAUCCAGAUCAGAUCAGAAGAGAGUAUGCCUGGAGGAGGUUUAUCAGCUGGCUUGGCAUCAGCCAGUUCAAAUGUCAGAAUCAUAGUAUGUGAUCUGUCUGGAAAAUAUUCAUGGGAUUCUGCCAUACUAUAUGGACCAUCUCCUGUGAAUGGCUUGUCCAAACCUACAUCUUUCAUACUUUCAUUGUCUCACCAAGAGAAGCUAGAAGAGCCUCCUACAUCUAAUGAAUGCUUAGAAGAUAUAACAGUAAAAGAUGGGCUUUCCCUCCAGUUUAAAAGAUUUAAAGAAACAGUACCAACUUGGGAUACAAUAAGAGAUGAAGAAGAUGUUCUUGAUGAGCUCUUGCAGUAUUUGGGUGUUACUAGCCCUGAGUGCUUACACAGAACUGGAAUCUCACUUAAUAUUCCUGCUCCACAACCUGUGUGCAUUUCUCAAAAACAGGAGAAUGAUGUUAUUAAUGCUAUCCUUAAACAACACACAGAGGAAAAAGAAUUUGUUGAGAAGCAUUUUAAUAACUUAAACAUGAAAGCUGUGGAACAAGAUGAGCCAGUACCUCAAAAGCCUCAAUCAGCAUUUUAUUAUUGCAGAUUGCUUCUUAGUAUAUUAGGAAUGAAUUCCUGGGACAAAUGGAGGAGCUUUCAUCUCCUGAAGAAAAAUGAAAAACUACUUAGAGAACUUAGGAACUUGGACUCAAGGCAGUGCUGAGAGACACAUAAGAUUGCAGUAUUUUAUGUUGCUGAAGGAUAAGAAGAGAAGCACUCCAUUCUCACCAAUGUAGGAGGAAGUCAAGAAUAUGAAGAUUUUGUAGCCGGUCUUGGUUGGGAGGUAAAUCUUACAAAUCAUUGUGGUUUUAUGGGAGGACUACAAAAAAAUAAAAGCACUGGAUUGACCACUCCAUAUUUUGCUACCUCUACAGUGGAAGUAAUAUUUCAUGUAUCAACAAGAAUGCCUUCUGAUUCUGACGACUCUUUGACCAAAAAAUUGAGGCAUUUAGGAAAUGACGAAAUGCACAUCGUUUGGUCAGAGCAUACUAGAGACUACAGGAGAGGAAUUAUUCCUACAGAAUUUGGUGAUGUCCUUAUUGUAAUAUAUCCAAUGAAAAAUCAUAUGCUUAGUAUCCAGAUAAUGAAAAAACCAGAGGUUCCCUUCUUUGGUCCACUUUUUGAUGGUGCUAUUGUGAAUGGGAAGGUUCUACAAAUUAUGGUUCGAGCAACAGCUAUAAAUGCAAGCCGUGCUCUGAAGUUGUUGAUUCCAUUGUAUCAAAACUUCUAUGAGGAGAGAGCACGUUACCUGCAAACAAUUGGCCAGCACCAUUUAGAACUAACAACAUUUGAAGAUUUUGCAGCACAGGUUUUUUCUCCAGCUUCCUACCAUCAUUUACCAUCUGAUGCCAGCUUCUACCCAGAGAUUCUACCCAGUGAAGCUCUCACAGCAACACAGGUAGAUGGGGCUGACCUGGCCUCUCCAGUGUCUCCUCGAACUAGCAAAAGCCGCAUGUCCAUGAAGCUGCGUUGUUCCUCUGGCUCGGCCAAUAAAUCCUAAGGAGACAAGCAGCCCAACAGUGUGAUCAGCAGUAGCCACCUUAGCACGAACAUAGUGUUAACCCCUUCAGGCCUUCAUAUCUGCCAUGCCAUGCAUGUUCCUUCAUGUACAUUUAUUUGAGAAAACACUGGACUUAAAUAAUUUGUAACUUAAUAGUUUAGAUUUGGGCUGUUUAUUCACUUCAUUUUUCCCCGUACACUCCAAACUGCCAUCUUUUGAGGGGGUGGAGUUUUAUUCUAUGCUCUUUACCUUCCUAGAUACUCACAUCUUAAGUAAUUUUACCUCUAAUUUCAUGAUUAAUGUUGAGCCAAAAUUCAAUUGGACAGAUAGUCUCCUUGUAUUUAUUGUACCCCC